AUGUCCUCCAACCAAACGAUCGAGAAGAAGCCGGUCAAGUUUAGCAAUUUGCUACUUGGCGCGGGUCUGAACCUGUUCGAAGUUACCUCCCUCGGACAGCCGCUGGAAGUGAUCAAGACAACCAUGGCUGCUAACCGGUCGGAUACCUUCGCUGGAGCCAUGGGUCGGAUCUGGGGUCGUGGUGGCAUGCUUGGGUACUACCAGGGUCUUAUUCCAUGGGCUUGGAUUGAGGCAUCCACCAAGGGCGCUGUUCUCCUCUUCGUCGCGUCAGAAGCCGAGUACGUUGCCAAAACCUUCGGCGCCAAUGACUUCGUCGGCGGAAUCAGCGGUGGUAUGGCCGGUGGUGUUGCCCAGGCCUACGCUACCAUGGGUUUCUGUACCUGCAUGAAGACCGUCGAAAUCACCAAGUCCAAGAUGGCUGCUUCAGGCGUCAAGCCACCAAGCACCUUCGCCACCUUCAUGGACAUCUACCGCCGCGAGGGAAUCCGUGGAAUCAACAAGGGUGUCAAUGCCGUCGCCAUUCGACAGACGACCAACUGGGGUUCGCGAUUCGGUCUAUCCCGACUUGCCGAGACCGGUAUCCGCAGCGUCACUGGAAAGGAAGACGGACAGAAACUCAGCAGCCUGGAGAAGAUCGCUGCCAGCACUAUCGGUGGUGGUUUGUCGGCUUGGAACCAGCCUAUCGAAGUCAUCCGUGUCGAGAUGCAGAGCAAGACAGUGGACCCCAACCGUCCCAAGAACUUGACCGUCGGCAAGACCUUUAGUUAUAUUUAUAGCCAGAACGGUAUCAAGGGUCUGUACAGAGGUGUGGCUCCUCGUAUCGGCCUUGGUAUCUGGCAGACCGUCUGCAUGGUUGCUCUCGGAGAUAUGGCCAAGGAAGCCGUCGAGAAGCUAACAGGCGACAAGGUCACCGCUAAACACUAA